AUGGACACAGGAAGCAGCGAAUCUAUCCUACCAAAAUCGGCAUUCACUGCGAUUUGUCUUAAUGCCCGAACUUCUGUGCACAUUCAUGGGGUUACUGGCCAUCAUUUGGAAUUACUUGGCGAAAUGAUGUUGCGUGUUCAAUCUGAAUCCGAUGUGUCAAUCCCAAUCCGAUUCCUGGUAUCAGCCCACAGUCCGUCCAGUCUGGGCCUUCGAGCAAUGUGGCUACUACAAGGAUCCAUCACACUACACACCAACAACGAUAUGACAAUCACCUCACAUCUUCAACAUUUGAUUGUACAGUGUUCCGGUAACAUUGGUGGCAUGAAAGUACCGUCGGUGAAGUUGGAAGUGGACGGUGAACCUGUUUUCCUUAAACGACGCGUCCUCCCAUACGGUCAACGGGAAGGCGUCCUGAAAGCAUUACAGAACAUAGAACAGGAUGGUGUGAUAAGCAAAGUUGAAUCUAGUGCCUGGGUGCCCCCGAAUCUCGAUACGUGA